AUGCUAAACUCUGCCCUCACCUGGAGGAGUGUUCUCUCCCUGCGUGUCAGCAGUCGUCUCUCUGCCCAGGGUACCAGACAGAUCAGUCAAGUACCACUCAAAAACCUGAAUGAAGAUUUUGAAUGUGAAGGCCCAUGUAUGAGGACCGAAGUCCCUGGACCAAAAUCCAAGGCAUUACAGAAACAGCUGGGAGAAAUGCAGAGCGUCAUGUCUGUGAAUUUCUUCUGCGAUUAUGAAAAGAGCAGAGGGAACUAUCUAGUGGAUGUGGAUGGGAAUCGUAUGCUUGAUGUCUACACUCAGAUUGCAUCCAUACCGAUUGGAUAUAACCAUCCAGCGCUCAUUAAAGUUAUGAUGAAUCCCCAAAACAUGAGCACUUUAGUGAACCGAUCUGCUCUUGGAAUGUUACCACCAAAGGAAUUUACCGGAAAACUGGGGGAAGGCUUACUGUCGGUGGCUCCAAAGGGCCUCAGUCGAGUGCAGACCAUGGCGUGUGGCUCCUGCUCAAAUGAAAAUGCUUAUAAAUCAAUUUUCAUCUGGUACAGAACAAAACAGCGUGGACAUAGCGACCCAACACCAGAGGAAAGUACCACUAGCGUUAUCAAUCAGGCACCAGGUUGUCCUGAUUUAAGCAUCCUUUCCUUCAUGGGUGGUUUCCAUGGCAGAACGCUGGGUUGCCUGGCGACCACACACACAAAGGCCAUUCAGAAACUCGAUGUGCCCUCUUUUGACUGGCCCAUUGCACCGUUCCCCAGACUGCGCUAUCCCCUGGAGCAGUAUGAACGAGAGAACGCACAGGAGGAGAGUCGCUGCCUGGAGGAGGUGGAGGACCUUAUUACUAAGUGGGCUCUGAAAGGUAAACCAGUGGCAGGGAUUGUUAUUGAGCCAAUCCAGGCUGAGGGAGGAGACAACCACGCUUCUCCCGAAUUCUUUCGGAAGCUAAGAGGAAUAACAAAGAAGCAUGGGUGUGCCUUCUUGGUGGAUGAAGUGCAGACGGGAGGCGGGGCCACCGGAAAGUUCUGGGCCCAUGAGCACUGGGGACUUGGUGACCCUGCGGACAUAGUCUCCUUCAGCAAGAAGAUGCUGACCGGAGGAUUCUACUACAAAGACAGCUUCCAACCAGACAAGCCAAUGCGAAUCUUUAACACAUGGAUGGGGGAUCACACCAGAAACGUCUUGUUGUCAGAGGUGCUGAGGGUCAUAAAGACAGAGAACCUUCUAGAAGAAGUGAAACAGUCUGGCAAGGUUAUGCUCCAGGGCCUGUAUGAGCUCCAGGAGAAAUAUCCUCACCUCCUCAGUAAAGCCAGAGGCCUGGGAACAUUCUGUGCCAUUGACGUGAAAGAUGAAGACACACGAAACAAACUCAUCAUAAAAGCCAGAAACAAGGGUGUGGUCUUAGGAGGCUGCGGUGAUCGCUCUAUUCGGUUCCGCCCCGCUUUGGUGUUCAAGAGGCAUCACACUCAUCUUUUCCUGAACAUAUUCAACGAAGCUCUUGCUGAAUUCAAGUAA